UUAACAUUGAGGAAGCGAUGGCUAAGGCUGCCAAGGAACAGGCUGUAAAAUAUGAGGAGAUGCUACGAGAGGUACACCAGGCUGGGGUAGUGGCCCUGGAGGCUGAGAGAGAGGAGGAGAGAGGGAGACAUCAGGAGGAGGUGGAGAGACUCAGGGAGGACUUUGACACCAGACUGCACCAAGAGUUGGAGGAGUUGACCCAGUCCCACAAAGCAGAAGUCGGUCUCCUGCAGCAGCAGUACCAGACACAGCUGGACUCACUCACCCUCUCCCACCAGCAUAAUAUGGCUCAGGCCGAGAGGUGAUUGAGAAGAGUGUGAGGACGAAACAGAAGGAGUUCCAGUCUCGACUCCAGCAGCUACAGAAUGAACACACCACCCAACUCAGAGUGGUGGAGGAGGAGGGGACAGAGAGAGUUGCACAGGUACAUCAAGAGCUGGAGAGAGUUAAGGAGGAGCUGGUGCAAGUGAGGGAGGUUGUGGAGCAGCAGCGAGGAGUUCUGAGAGAGAGAGAGGAGGAGAGGGAGAGACUGAGUCUCCAGGUCCAGGCAGCUGUAUCAGGAGAAAGGGAUAGGGAGGACCAGAGGGACAGACAGCACCACGAAGACACUGCCUCUCUUGCCAUCCUCCAGAAACAACUGAGUGCUCUCACCAAUGAGAAGGAGGCUCUGGAGUCAUGUCUGGUGAUGCUCCAGUCAUCAGUGUCGGGGUGUGUCCAGUUGGCCAGCCUCGUGGAGCAGACUCUCUCCCCUCCCUCCUCCACAACCACCGCCUCCCAGCUCUGGCACACUCCUUCUGCUAUAGUGCAAGACAGAGGAGUAGAGAGAAGCAGUGAUGUUAGGGAGGAGGGGGUGGCAGAGGGGGAGGAGAGAGAGGAGGACACUCUUACCCCUCCUCCUCCUCCUCCCACAACUACCCCUGCUCCAGGUCACACCAGUGGAGCAGUGAGUGUGGCUAGUACUGGUUCAGUCAUGUGGACCAAGAGUGCCACAAACCUUCUCUCCAGUGGAUCCCUUCUUAGACAGGUUUGACAACAUACACAUACAUACAUACAUACAUACUGCUGUCUGCUUUGCAACUGUGUACUUAUCCGCAGAGCAAAGAAUAGCUAUCAUGUGUAUGUUUACUUGGCUGGACAUACUAUCGCUCUCAGUAAUACCUGCUUUGCAUAAUCAAAUUUGUUGCCUAGCACAACUAAUCCGGGAUAAAUUCUAUACUUAGGUAC